GCUUGCAACGGGCACGACCAUGGCUAUCGGAAUUUUAUUACUUACGGCAGUGAUUGCCCUCUUGGGCUAUCUGUAUUUGCGAAUGCAUCGCAAUAUGCAGCACUGGCAAAAUGCGGGCAUUCCCUGCGAGGAGCCCCACAUUCUGAUGGGCAACCUGAAGGGCAUGCAGACUGAACGAUCAUUUCUGGACAUUUGGAUGCAGUACUAUAGGAAAUUCAAAGGAACUGGACCUUUUGCCGGAUUCUAUUGGUUCCAGCGUCCAGCUGCAUUUAUUUUGGAACCCUUUCUGGUGAAGCACAUUCUGAUAAAGGACUUUAAUAAGUUCACUGAUCGAGGCUUCUUUAGCAACCCCGAGGAUGACCCACUUUCUGGGCAGCUUUUCCUAUUAGAUGGCCAUAAAUGGAGAUCUAUGAGGAAUAAGCUCUCAUCCACAUUUACGUCUGGCAAAAUGAAGUACAUGUUUCCCACGGURGUGAAGAUAAGCCACGAGUUCGUCGAGGUCUUUGGAGAUAUGGUAGACAAGUCUUCGGUGAUUGAGGUGAGAGAGCUGCUGGCUCGGUUUACCACGGAUGUUAUCGGUARUGUCGCCUUUGGCAUUGAGUGCAGCAGUCUUAAGGAUCCUGAAGCUGAGUUCCGUGUCAUGGGUCGUAGUGCCUUAACCGAUCAGCGCCAUGGAGCCCUGGGAAUUGCGAUCCUCAAUAGUUUUCCGAAUUUUUCUCGACGAAUGCAUUUGAAAAUGACACCAGAUCACAUCGAAAAAUUCUUUAUGAGAAUCGUCAGAGAAACUGUUGACUUCAGAGAGAAAAACAAUAUUCGUCGCAAUGAUUUUAUGGACCAGUUGAUUGACUUAAAAAAUAAUCGAUUGAUGAAGUCCGAAACAGGAGAGGAUACGAGUCUGACAAUUGAGGAGAUAGCUGCUCAGACCUUCCUGUUCUUUGCUGCUGGAUUUGAAACUUCUUCGACGACAAUGGGCUUCGUCCUCUAUGAACUAGCCCAGAAUGUUGAUAUACAGGAUCGAUUGAGGGAGGAGUGCAAAGAAGUUCUAUCCAGGUACAAUGGGGAUCUUACCUACGAGUGUAUUAGGGAUAUGCAGUACUUGAACCAGGUCAUAUCGGAAACCUUGCGACUAUACACGGUUCUUCCAGUUCUCAAUCGGGAGUGCCUAGAGGAUUUUGUGGUACCUGGAUAUCCGAAUUAUGUGAUCAAGAAGGGUAUGACAAUUCUCAUACCGUCUGCAGCUAUGCAUCGUGAUGAGAAGCUGUAUCCGGAACCGAAUCGCUUCAACCCAGAUAACUUUGAGCCGGAAAAAGUGAAGAACCGCGACUCUGUGGAGUGGCUUCCCUUCGGAGAUGGACCACGAAAUUGCAUUGGAAUGCGAUUUGGAGAAAUGCAGGCUCGCAUUGGUCUUGCAAUGCUUAUUAAGCACUUUAAGUUUUCAGUGUGCGAUAAGACAACGAUUCCCAUUAAAUAUAACAGGAAGACCUUCCUGGUGGGAAGCGAGUCUGGCAUUUACCUGAAUGUAGAGCGAGUGUAAUGACGCAAGAGUAGUAAAUCACACUUGCUGAU